ACCUUGUAAAAUGACACAAAAAUUACUGCAUAAGCAUAAGCUAAAAAGUUGGUCCAGCGUUCCAUGGCCACGACAAACACUGCAUGGUUUCUCCUGGAUCUGAGGUUUAGCUAACAGAUGGACUCCUCUUUGGUACCGUGAGUGACCUCAGUGCCCCCUCGUCCCCCUAAUUUUGCUUCCUUUAUAGAAGCUAUGUCAGUGGGAUUGAAGAAAUCCUAAAAUUAUUCCUUCCACAUCCUGACUAUAGCCUAAGUUGACAUCACCUCGCAUUUUGUCCGAAUUUCUUCAAGGCUGAUCAAAAGUCGUGCUCACCAAAGAUCUCCGCUCCUGAGUUUUUGCUUCAACUACUACCAGAGCCACACUUGGCCUGCAAGUACCUACGAGCUGCCUUCAGACACCCACAAGCUAACCAAGCCCAAUAGGAUUGCUUCUCCAGCCUAAUGGCUCACUUCACCACUGAUGUCCACCGUCUGGUUGAGUUUACUACCUCUAUUUAUGUUAUUGUAAUUUUCAAUAUCUCUCUUUGCUUUAAUUUUUUUUUAAGUAAUUUGAUGCAUUGGAAGUUGAAUGGACAUUAUUUAAUAUUAGUAGUAUUUUCUAUUGUUUCCAUCCAACAAUGAUGCAUAUAAUUGAAAAAAACUGUAGGCCUGUAGUGAGUUCUUAUAGUCUUGUCUGCCUUUAAAUGCUAAAUUUGUAAAAAAUAGACUUAAUGUUUUGAACUACCGUUGUUGUGAAAAUGAAUUCGGGGGACUGAUGCGUCUGUGUAUAUAUCCUAAAUUCACCUCAAACAGCUUUGGUCUCACUAUUCUCACCAUGUGACAGAAGCUGUGAACCGAAGCUCGACGGUGUUUCCCACAAUCCUAUUGGUCUGUUAUUGGGCUAGUAGGCAGAGAGAGACGGUGUGUGAGCGAGCUUAGAGAGGGGGAAGGAGGGGCUUUUAGACUCCACAACAAGGUUGGCGCGAGUGAGAUUGAAGAGGGAAGAGAGAAUGCGGCAGAAGGAAGAACCAGACUGUCAGUGGCUCUGGGACAGAGGGAUACGCAACGAUUCUCUUCUCUUGUUUUUUGGCUUUUCACGGCACCUCACUUUUUGUUUCUUUUUUGUCACUCCUCACCUCUAUGCUCUCAUUCUUUCUGUUCGACUGACUUUCCUUUUACUGAUACCGUGUCUCCCUGCAGUCUCUCUUACACUGUCCUACAUCUAGACAACUCCUUCAUCCUCACCCAUGGCUACCUGACAGUGAGCUUCUCCUUCUGCCUUCCCUCUUCUUCUCCCUCUUUCUUUGUCAACACCACCAUAUUUUCUCACCCUCUCCUCUGUUUCAGCCUCUGUUUGAGUUUGAUAUUUUUUGGUGCACCUGUCAUCCAUCCUUCUAUCCCUGCGUGGUAUCAAAAUGCCUGUCCUAGAGGGACUCUGGGGCCCAGAUCUCAGGAUGCGGGACACCGGUCUUGAUGUUGGGGUCUGUCCAGAGGAGCCUCCUGAUUCUCCAGUUUGGGGUCCCCUCAGGACUCCUCCUGUUACAUGUGGUGGCCUCUCCCUAGCCCUGGAGCUACCAGCUCUUAUACGGCAACUCAGAGCAGCGUGGAGAGCACGCAAGGGAGGCUCUCAGGGGCCAGAGAGAAAUCAAGCAAGUCCUUGGGUGGAAUCAGGAAAGGAGCAGGAAGAAGAGAUAAAGCUGGACACAGAAAACAGGAGUGCACGUGUGGAAGCUGAUGGCAGGCUGAACACUGGUCAUGCUGGUGUGCUGCUGGCUGAGAGACGAGGCUCUUACCCAUUGAUUGAUCUGCGAAUUUUAAAAACCAGUGCCCAACAGGGGGAGGUAGAGACCGUCACCAGGAGAAAGGUGAAGCGUCUCCUGAGCUUCCAGAGAUACUGCCACGCCUCUAGGUUGCUGAGGGGGUUAGUUCCUCACACCCCCAGGUCCUUACACUUGCUUGAUGAUGACUACCUGGGACAAGCUGCUCACAUGCUAUCAAAAGUAGGCACAUGGAACUUUGACAUUUUCCUCUUCGAUCGUCUUACAAACGGUAACAGCCUGGUGACGCUGAUGUGCCAUCUCUUCAAUGUCUAUGAUCUCAUUCACCACUUUCAGCUGGAUAUGGUCAAACUUAACAGGUUUCUUGGCAUGGUGCAGGAGGACUACCACUCCCAAAAUCCCUAUCACAAUGCUGUUCAUGCUGCUGAUGUUACUCAAGCCAUGUACUGCUACCUAAGGGAGCCCAAGCUGGCAGAGCAUCUGAGUCCUCUGGACAUAUUCCUGGGUCUGAUGGCAGCAGCUGCCCAUGACGUGGACCAUCCUGGAGUCAACCAGCCCUUCCUCAUCAAGACCAGACACCACCUGGCAUCCCUCUACCAGAACACAUCUGUGCUGGAGAGUCACCACUGGAGAUCUACUGUGGGCAUGCUGCGAGAGUCGGGACUGCUGUCCCACCUGCCUGCUGACAUGUCGCGAGACAUUGAACAGCGGUUGGGCUCUCUCAUCCUGGCUACAGACAUAAACAGACAAAAUGAGUUCCUAAUGACCUUCAGAGAACAUCUGGACAACCAGGACCUGGAUCUUCAGCUGGCUUCACACAGACACUUUAUACUGCAGAUUGCACUCAAGUGUGCAGAUAUCUGUAAUCCAUGUCGGGUUUGGGAGCUAAGCAGGCAGUGGAGCGAGCGGGUGUGUGAGGAAUUCUACAGACAGGGUGACCUGGAGAAGAAGUUUGACCUAGAGAUCAGUCCUCUCUGCAACCAACAGUCUGACUCUGUCCCAGCCAUUCAGAUAGGUUUUAUUUCCUACAUUGUGGAGCCCUUGUUUGAGGAGUGGCACCGCUUCACUGAGCCCAGCCUGCUCAGCCAAACAAUGCUAGAUCACCUGCACAAGAACAAAGCUAACUGGAGCAGCUUACGAUGUGCUCACACACCUUCAGAUGUGCAAGGCCGCUCCCAAGCUGAGGAGCCUGAAGGAGAAGUUGGAGAGGGAGCAGACAUCCCUUAAUCUCCCUCCUCUUUCACGGGGUGUUUCAUCUUCCUUUAUAAAUGGAGGAAAGGAGUGUUUUCAACUCCCCUGUUGUGUCCUCCAGGGUGUUUGCUCCCACAGCCUUUUGUCCACGGCUCUGAAAGUGGGAGCACUGGGUUGGGUUGGAUACGUGAGAAAUGGGUCCCUCUGCAGGAGCAAAGGAUUGUAGCGCUGCAGGAAUGAUGAAAAUGGAGGGAGAUUUUCACAGUUACGCAGUCAGGAUGGAUGAUCUUAGUAAAUUAAUGCAAAUUUUGACAAAGUCAUGCCUUGCUUAAUAACCUGUUGAUAAUAUUUGCUUCAAAUUAACUGAGGAAAGUGGGAACAGAAUGAAAAGUCUGGCAGAAGAGGAUGAGUGAAGACAAAUGUUAGUGUGUGACUGUGCAAUGCUACUCGGAGAGUUUUUUAAAAAGCCAAAAUUAUAUACAAAUCAGCUGGACGGUGGUGGAAUCAUGAUGUAAAAUAGAUGAAAAAAUAGGUGGAAUAUAUAAAUAUAUCAAAUAUACUAUGCUUUUUAAACAUUUAGACAGUAUAUAUUAAGCUCUUUACUUUUUCCUCAUUUUGUACUGCUUGAACUCCUGUUGGAUGCUUUUUCAAUCAAGUGUCUCACUUGUCUACUUUUCACUGAAGUGCGUUUUUAACUAAAAGCACUAAGUUGGUAUGUCAAGGUACAGUAAACUGUAACAUGUAUUCUGUUUUAACCUGAAAGAGUGACCCAGAUAAUAAAUACCCUUUCUGACUUAUACGCACACACACACACACAUACACAAAAGUGUCAUCAGCCGCUAGAUGCUGAACACUGACCGUCAGGUGGAUGCUUGUUUUUGUGACUCGAGCUCGCUCGCCGAACGCAAACGAGAGCCAUUUUUAACAAAAAACAACCAGUUUGUCUUCAUGCAAUGUUACGCUGUGUAAAUACUGUGAUAUACAACCUCAGCACUUCACAUGCCAAAAUCUCAGCAAUGUGUUCAUCUACUUACAGGGUAUGGUCACUCUUUGUAACAACUUUAUAGGUGCAUUUAUUUCUAACCUCACUUUAUAAGCAUAUACAACAAAGCCUUAACAGCAACUUGGUCUGUCUGUGAAGCAUAUUGUGUAAGGAGUUUUGUUUUUUGGAGAAGCUUUUUUACAGUGUAUGCCUGUUUUUCUUCAGCCAUACCAGCAUAUACUGAAACACACGCACAGUGCUGUAGCAGCUUGUUUCCUGAUUGAUCUUUCACCCGCUAUCGGGGUCAGAUUAGGUCGUACAACGGAUAAACAAGGCCAAGGUGCCCAUAUACCGUUAUGACACAUCAUCUCACUGCUUUGUUACCUCUCUCAGACUUUUGUACUUGGUACAGUAUCCUGUCUUAGUGUAUGCCAUGAAGAGACUUGGGCCAAUUAGUAACUGCAAAUACCUCUUAAUUCAUAUUUAUUCUGCAGUGUUACAGAGAAGUAUAUGCCAUACUUACUAAAAAUCUAUAUGGUUUAAAUGGUGUUUAUAAUAUGUAUUAUGUCAAUGGUGAGAGUCAUCCAUAGAAAUUAAAAUGUGUGUAAAUACUGGUUGGUCCAAUUACCAAACACACUGCUGUUAAACAGUCUAUUUUUUAGCACUCUGCUCUGGUUCUAUACAGUUUGGGUUGUCACAUGUAUGCAGUGUUUACAGAUGCCCGGGUUUUCCUGAGCUACAAAGGAGCUUUACGAUUCCACCGACCCAGCCGACACGCAGUAUAUUCUGUACACAAUGGUUCUACAGCAUAAUUAAAGCUCCAGUAAUGACAUGUUCACAGAAAGUGUAAGAUUAAUGACGUUUCUAUGAUGUCUUUUUUUUUCUAAAGCUGCGCUAGCUGUGUUUUAAUGUGCAAUAAAGUUAAAAGUCACUGGCCGAGUUGUAUGAAAAAGGCCGUAUUCA